AUGCUGCUGCUGUUUUGGCGGACACGAGUGUGCACUGCACGCCCAACGCUUCGCCACCGCUCUCGCCUACUCUCAUCAGCAGCACCAACACGUUCCUCCUCGUCACCCUCGUCACCCUUCUCGUCACCCUCCUCAUCUGCACCGUCGUCUUAUAAGCCCCCGAGGCCGCGCCGCUACCGCGACCUGAGCAAGCCCGUGCACGUGUGGACGGUGCACAUCCCCCAGCGAAGCGACACAGGAAGCAGUGGCAGUGAUGAGGCGAUAUGGCAGGCUGUGCUGCGCGCGGCGCCCUGGCUUCGAGACGGCGACGAGCUGAAGCGACGAGCAGCCUCGGGUGGCAUCCGAGACGAAGCAUCUGGUCACUCUCUCACAUGGGCGGACUUGCAACGACCAGCGCAAGACGGGCCACGGGCAGUACUGGUGGACAACAGCAGGCUUCAAGACAAUGUUAUUGUAACCUCGACUGAUCCAAGCAGCAUUGAUCUGGACAUCAUCUACGAAGAUGAAGCCAUCGUUUGUGUCAACAAGCCCCCUGGCCUCCCCGUCCAACCUCAGGGAGCGGACCAACUGCACAACGUCCUGGCGGCCCUUCAUCACCGGUAUCGGCAGAACGACGGUGCACUGGAUGUGGUUCCGCGACUCGUGCACCGCCUUGAUGUCAACACCAGCGGUGUCCUGGUCGUCGCCCUUGACCGGAAGAUUGCCGGGCGCAUGGGCGCUCUCCUCCAGUCAAGACAGGUCAUCAAGCAAUACUCAGCACUGGUGCAUGGUGAGCUGCGUGGUCAAGGCGUCAUCACCGCUCCCAUCGCCCGCGCACCAAAGGACCCAGAGGGCUCCAGAAUACAGAAGUUCACGGUGUCGCCACACGGCAAGCCGUCAGAAACGGAGUAUGAAGGCGUGCACGCCAGCGCUCAUUGGAACGCAAGCCUCGUCACAUUUCGCCCAAGGACAGGUCGCACGCACCAGAUCCGUGUGCACAGCCAUCACCUUGGUCACCCGCUGUUGUUUGACGAUCGAUACCAUCUCCACGACCACCAGCAACAAGCCCAACAACAGCAACACGAACAACAACAGCAGCAAAGCGCAUGCUCCCAGUUGGACAACGAAUUUGCGUCGCACGUUCGCAUGCGGCGAUGCGCCCUGCACUGCGACAGCAUGACAUUCACGCAUCCCGCAACAGCGGAGACGGUUACGGUGCGUGCGGACUGGCCACGUGACUUUGCCCACGCCGUGGGCGUGUUGAAGUCACAAUGCUGACACAGGUUGGAGGGGUGAAGAUCGAGC